AGACGAGCAUAAAAUACAAAGAAUUCUAUCAGGAGAAAUAAUAGGGAUUCGUUAUUUUAUCUGACAAAUUGGUAGUUUUUUUCUUUUACUGAUCGGCAAAUGACGUUUUGCUAACUCAAUUCGCCAUGAAUUUAUUUUGGAUUUUGUUCGCCGGCUUCCAAUUUCUCGAACUCACCGAAGAAACCGUCCAAUUAAAAGCACUACCCCAAGACAGUUAUGAAAGUCCAAUAGCCUUGAUAAGAAACCAGGGCUCAACUCGAUUGCAGUUGGCCACACCUGUCGAAUAUGAAACCGGAAAAUACUGGAAUAGAGCAAUUUACGCUUAUAACGAUUCUGCCGAUGAACACGGUCCUGCAGAAGAAUUCAGAACCGCGUGUCCUUUAUCAAUAUAUACUUCUCAGGAAAGUGAAAAGCGUAUCGAAAGAGAAUGGAGGGCAAAAAACCAACCAUCAGAAUACGGUUCAUUGUUUUUUGUAGACGAAGUUGAUUGGAUGUACGAUUUGCAUUGCGAUGGCUGUUCUAUCAAGCCUUCGAUACAACGUAUUACUAACGAGGAAGGUUCUGUGGAAUCUUGUGGUCUAUCUGCAGCCGAAAUGUGGGGUGUCGGAUUUCCGAUAGCUGAUAAAAAACAAAAGGUACUUGAUCAUUAAAAUUUUUCUCAAGUAGUAAUUUUAGAUAAGGAAAUCAACGGAGGUCGAAGGCACUCAGCU